AUGGCUGCCGUUAUCACUCUCCAGUCGUCCACGACGGCUGGCCCUGCAGCUACGUCUGCAGCUCCCUUUCAACAGCCUCACCCCUCAGACCACCACCUUCUUCGAGCCCGUUCGCACCAGCAGCAGGCUAGCUCGACUCCUGCGCCUAUCUCGCCCUCCUCUGCCUCCAUUGGAUCAUUGCCCCGUCUGCCGGCACCUGGUCGGGAUGGGUCAAGUUGUGACGCCUGUUUGCGUAGAAAGAGCCGGUGCGCCAUGAACGAAAUGGUCAAUAAAUGCUACUCGUGCGACUUUCAUCGCCAGGAGUGCACCUUCACUCUCAGCCGUCCCGGUACGGCGGACGCACAAUCUAAAAAGCGAAAACUAGAAGAUCUCGCCCCCGAGGAUGUGGACACUACUAAGAGGCAACAACAACAACAACAACAACAACCAGCAGCUGCAGCCCUCUCACCAGUUUCCAAAACAGAUGUCUCCCGCUCACCAGUGAAUGGCCACAACCUCCUGAUCCCGUCGGGGUAUUGGUCCCAGUCCGCCAAGUAUAUUGGCAUGACCACUGAGUUAGAGCCGGCCCUACUUGAACAUCUUCCUCUUGACCAGAACGACGAAGGAGUCGUUGCAUCAGCUCGAGUACGUAAGAUCGGUAACGACGGUACCUUUAUGCGUGUUGUCGACCCCCCGUCCCAGGCGGACUCUCCGUCCGUCUCGCUCGAUGCUAUUGAGAGCCUGGUUGCUCCCUAUGGAUCCACCUUGGUGGAGAAGUACUUUGAGAGCAUCCACCCAGUGUUUCCCAUCCUGAUGGAAGAUGCCUUUCGUCAGUCGUAUCGGACCAGACAAGGGCUUUCACCGCUCUUGCUCUCCGCUGUCUAUGUUUGCGCUUUGAAGUUUGUAGAUAUUGGCCCUGCCUCGCAGUCGGUGCGACGUCCGGAUGCUGGCCGUCUCGAGAGCACCGCGCUCAAACUUCUGAUCGAGUCCUUGCCCCAUGCAACUAUCUCGACGAUCCAGGCCGGACUGCUUCUCAUGGAGAAGUCCACGAUUGCGACCCAUGCACUGAAUGCCCAGCUGGUCACCGCUGGCUUCGAGCUUGGGCUGCACCAGGACUGCAGUGGCUGGAACAUGGAGACCUGGGAAAAGGGGUUGCGGAAACGACUGGCGUGGGCACUGUAUAUGCAGGACAAAUGGUCGGCGCUAAUUCAUGGGCGGCCGUCCCACAUCUUCGCCUUCAACUGGACCGUCAAGGACUUGGUAGAACAGGAUUUCACCGAGGCCUUCCACACGGACAACACGCAGCAGGACGAUGCAGACGUCGGCCACGGUCCGCUCUUUUUCUGUCACAUGGUGGCACUGACCACCAUCCUGUCCGACAUCCUCGACCGAUUCUAUACUCUUCAAGCGAUCGAGGAGUUCAAAGCAGCUGGCGCCAACCGGACACGCAUGAUCCUGGAGCGCGCCAAACCUGCUCAGAUCCGACUGAAGGAAUGGUUUGCAUCGCUGCCGCCGCAACUGAAGAUGGACUCGAGCAUCGACCUCUUCGACACCGUCACCGAAGACACCGCCCGCAACGGGCCUCUCCACCUCUCCUACUUUGCAACCGAAAUCACCCUCCACCGGUGCAUCAUCCGGUCCCUCUCCCCGGACACGGCCGACGCCUACCUCUCCCACAUCUGUCGCUCUGCCGCAAAGACACGCCUCAUCUCCGCCAUGGACUUUGUCAACCGGCUCCGCCAGUCCCACCUCCGCUCAUUCUGGCCCGCCGCCUCCCGCACCAAUUUCUCCCUCAUCGGCUCCUUCGGCAUCCUCCUACGCAUCACCGCACCCACCAAGGAGGAGGCCGAGUUCUACCGCCUCCGCCUCUGUGAGUACCGCUGGACGCUGAGCGUCAGCCGCAAGCACGCCGAGUUCCUCGAUUUCGCCCUCGACAGCCUCGACAACGCCUCCAACCUCGACCGCCACGUCCCGGGCAAACCGGGCAUCGACGAGCUGAUGACCAGCGCGGCCAGGCCGACCAUCAAUAACCCCCAUCUGCCCUCUGCUUCGCAGCUGGACGAGUCGAUGCUCGAAAUGGACCACGCGCAGGACAGCACCCGCGGCGGCACCUCGUCUGUCAUAUCAGGACUGGCCUCUCCGGCUACCUCUGUCAGCGACGAAAGUGUCCAGGAGGCUUCCGUUCCUCCGUUGUAA